AUGGUGGACUUGCUUAGCCGUACGCAAAGGUCGAUGACGCGUCCGUCUUCGCUGUCGCGGCCGAAUCUCCUGAUUAAGCUAGUGAGCGAGUUGUGUGACCAGCGGAACGCUUCUAUGACUACUAUGAGCAGCUUCUCGUGGGAAACGGCUGUCACCGAGCUCUUCAAGUUAAUCACUGCGGAUUCGCCUGGUGUCACGGGUUUUGACGACGAUUUUGCUGACGUUGUAAUCACACCCAGCUAUUUGAGAAGAGUUCUCGCUCCACAAACCUGUGCUAUCAGUAAGCAAGAGCUCGUCCAUCUGGUGAAAAGCGACCACAUUCAGGGUGACAAUGAAGUCGACUUCGUAGAGAGAAAGUUUUUACCAUUUCCUGAGUCGAAUCAAAUUCUCAUUAUUCGCAAGCACUCUUUGCCGUCUAACGAGUUUACAGCUGAGUUGUCUGCUCCAAUUUUCACAUGUUUGAUUAACGCUUAUGGCCGGCUUCAUUUCGUUGAAGAAAAUAAAGUGGUCUGCUUGCCAAAGUUGCUUUCAGAAAUGUUGUUGAAACCUGGGCACUCCAUUGAGCUGUCCUGUGCUGACGUAUGCCUGCCAGAUUCUGAUGGGUGUCUAGCUAUGCUCGCUACUUGCUGGGUUGAGCUCAAUGAACACUUCUGUCCUUGCCGAUUUUUCGGAGCCAUGUUCAAAAUAUCACCGACUCUUCACAUCGAAUUGACUCACGAGAUAAAAGCCUCAGCUCCGAUUGCUCACUGUUCUUUGAUUACGAAAGUCAUUAACGGAACAGAGCACAAGUAUUGGAUCAAUUACGAAUCUGCAAAACGACUGUCUGUUUAUGAAUUGAAGCAGGACUCCGAUAAGACAGGCCGCGCUGCAUUCGAAAUUCCUCUGACAAACUCAAGUGGAGUGCUCUUGGCUUCGACACAGGCCGCGAAACAGAUCAAAUUCUCUGGACCAAUCUCCGUUCUUGAGUUUGUACCGUAUCUACCUGUUCGUACCCCGAGGGUUAGUGACGGUGAAGGACCCGAUCCAGCUCCUUAUAUUGAAGAACGUUUUCUCGUUGUAUCUUCCACGCUAGGUCCUGUUGCGAUAUGGAGAUGUCUUUUUGAGGACGAUGAACUGAGCUGGAAUAAUGAGUUCGUCCUGUCGCAAUCAGAACAAUUCGAUACAAUAACCUCCGCUUGUAUUAUUAGCGGUAACAUAGCAGUUGGAACGUACUGCGGGAAAAUCCUUUUCUACACGUCUCCUUACGAUCUCCUUUGUCAUGAAAUUGCAUCAAUGACACAAGUUCAUGCUCCGAUUGUGAAUAUGAAGGUUUUGGAUCACAAAACGUUAUGUGUUCUUUCAACUGCUGGUCUACACACUGUCACCCGUUCAGAUAUAUAG